AUGAGCAGAGCGCAGCUGACGCGGACGGGGAUCCUGCGGAUGGCGCUGGGCGGCGGCGGCGCCGACCCGCUGCUGCCGGCGGAGGGCGGCGGGGGCCGGCGGGCGCCCUUCCUGCUGCGGGCGCUGCGCAUCGCCGUGGUGGUCUGUCUCUACUGGUUCACCUCCAUCGCCAUGGUCUUCCUCAACAAGUACCUGCUGGACAGCCCCUCUCUGCGCCUCGACGCCCCUCUGUUCGUCACCUUCUUCCAGUGCGCCCUGACGGCCGCCCUCUGCCUGGGCCUCAGCCUGGGGGCGGCCUGCGGGCCCCCCUGCGCCGGCCUGCCCACCCUGCGCCUCGACCCCAAGGUGUCCCGCAGCGUCCUGCCCCUCUCCGCCGUCUUCAUCGGCAUGGUCACCUCCAACAACCUCUGCCUCAAGCAUGUCGGCGUGGCCUUCUACAACGUGGGGCGCUCCCUCACCACCGUAUUCAACGUGCUGCUCUCUUACCUCCUCCUCAAGCAGACCACUUCCCUCUAUGCCCUUCUGGCCUGCGGAGUCAUCAUAGGUGGCUUCUGGCUGGGUGUUGACCAGGAAGGAGCAGAGGGCACUCUGUCAUGGACAGGUAUAUUCUUUGGGAUCUUAGCGAGCCUUUGUGUCUCUCUCAAUGCCAUCUACACAAAGAAGGUGCUGCCUGUGGUGGAUGGCAGCAUCUGGCGCCUCACCUUCUACAACAACGUCAACGCUUGUGUCCUGUUCUUCCCCCUCAUGGUGCUGCUGGGCGAAUUCCGCACCCUCUACCACUUUGACAAGCUGGGGAGCCCCAGUUUUUGGGGCGUGAUGACCCUAGGGGGAGUGUUUGGCUUUGCCAUUGGGUACGUGACUGGACUUCAGAUUAAGUUCACUAGCCCACUCACUCACAACGUGUCUGGCACAGCCAAGGCCUGUGCGCAAACAGUGCUGGCUGUUAUCUACUUUGAGGAGACAAAGAGCUUCUUGUGGUGGACGAGUAACCUGAUGGUUCUGGGGGGCUCCUUCGCCUACACGUGGGUGAAAGGACUGGAGAUGAGAAAGGUGCAAGAGGAUCCUAAUGUCAAAAGCAGCGAAAGAAAUGAGACUGGUGUGUAGGUGCCUCCUGCACCUCUAUUUCUGGGCCUGGGAGGAUAACCUUUGGUGCUCCUUUCCUCCUGGGGAGAAGAAAAGCAAGGAACAGGAAAAAAUGCACCUGCAAAGUAUACGGGGAACUGUGUCAGGAACCAGAGCCAAAGACCUGACUGGGUCAUGUUUUAUCUCACCCUGUGUCAGAGCUGGGGAGAGCAUGUGUUGUAGAGAUCAACUGGGGAUUUUUUCGUGAUUGUUUUUUAAAAUGGAUGUUGUUAUUUACCUAAUCUGGAAUAUUUGCAUCUUGGGGGGUGAGGGGAGGGGUGGGCUCAUAUCAGGCAAAGACUGGAAUGGGAGCUUUGUGUAGUUAGGGAUCUAGAAUUAACUGAAUGAAUGCAAUCUGGAGUUAUAAAAUCCUGAACCUGCAGGUAAGGAAAGAGGCAAGUAGACUGUUUGGGUUAUACUUCAGUAAACUGUUCUGCUGUAUAAGGUUUUUGCAACAGCUGUUCUUCCAGUUGCCUCAUUCAGUGCAGAGGAUGGAAAUUCUCUCCCUUCUGGCUAUGUACAAGUCUAAGUAACAGCAGUGCCUCCAAAACAC